AUGGCACAAAAGCCAUCUGCGGCAGGUGCUACCAAGCCGACCAAUAUCAAGACAGCGUCUCCAGGCGGGACACCUCUACAGUCGCCGAGAAGCAAAGAGUCCUCAUUACAACCCUCGCCAGCCGUGUCACACCGCUCCAGCUUCGCAGACAAUCUCCGCAACUAUCCUCCCUCUCCUCGUGCACAACGAACACAGUCCUUCUCGGGUCAGGCACUGACCGACCUACUCAUGAACCCGCCACCGAAGCACAAUGGUGAGGAAGCAAAGUUCCGAGGGCGUGAUUGGCGGAUGGUGCAGGUCGGUGAGAUAAUCGAUCCUAGCGAAGUCAGGUUCGUGGAGUUGGAUACGAGCAUCGAAGACACGACGAAACUAUUGAUCAGAUCCGGUGCACCGAAUGUUGUCCUGAUGCGAGAGUCUCGGAAGACAAGAACUGCAAUCGGUGCCUUCGAUUACUCCGAUCUCAAUGCUUAUCUACUACUGGUACUCGGACUAUCGCAGCCGGACGAGCAGGCGCAGCAAUUGGCAGACCGAGCAAGAAGUGGCGAGGCUAUACCGCUAAGUGAUUUGAACGAUCACCUUGGCGCGCGGGAGGAGCCAGCAUUUCUCCCACAUACUGCUGACUUGACACGGGCGGUGGAAGUGCUAGGUGGUGGCAGCCACCGAGUUGUGAUUAACAAGGAUGGCACAAGUGAGGCAAUAGGGGUACUGAGUCAGCUCAGGCUGGUACGAUUCUUCUGGGAGAACCAUCAGAAUUUCACAUCAACUGAGCAACUGUAUGCUCGAUCGUUGAAAGAGCUGGAGCUUGGAGGCAAGCACAUGCUGGCGAUCAAUGGCGACAAACCUUUGUCAGAUGCGCUGCGUCUGAUGCACGACGAGGGUAUCACAUCUAUACCAAUACUGGACAGUCACCAGAAUGUCGUGGGCAAUAUCAGCCAUGUUGAUGUCAGGCUGCUCACCGAUACGUCCUCGAUACCGCUACUAUCACAGUCCUGCAUACACUUUAUCUCCGUCAUUUUGUCAGAGCGUGGCUUGUGGGAUGGCAAGGACUCAUACCCCGUCUUCCACGUUACUCCGUUCAGUACACUAGCCCACACUGUAGCCAAGCUAUGUGCGACUCGCUCUCACAGGAUGUGGAUCGUUGACGCACCCUCGCCAUCGACAAGUGUACCGCCUUCGCCAGGCAUACAUGCGACAGCACCGCCUUUCAAUCCAGCCUCAACUAUGCACCUCCCCGCACCAUCAGCACAUCUUGCUUCGCCGCCACGAAACGCAGCCGGAAGCGAGCUCAGCUCCGGUCCUCUACACGGCUCUAUGGGUGGCGGCAUGUCGGUCAAUGCUUCACAGAUCACUGGCGCGACGAUGAGCGGCAGGCUGAUGGGUGUCGUAAGUCUCACAGACGUCUUGAAUCUUUUCGCUCGAGCAAGCGGCCUAUCACCUGGCGAUCCGGAGGAGAUGCGGAAACGAAGACGAAGGAGCAGCUCCUCCAGUUCAAGGCCCAACAUCGACAGUAUGCGGGCAAGUGGCGAGAUCAUACGAGGCAGUACGGAACUUGGACGGAGUUCGAGCACGUCGAGUAGGCGGUGA